ACGAGUGUCAGCUUUCGUUUCAGUCCUUCGUCCGUCUCGGCCACCGCGCCAUCCCCUAGCGCUUGUCCCUCCCAAAGCUUCACCCCGAAUUUCCGUUAGUGCUUCCCAGCCCUGUCUAAAAAGUUCCCUCCAUUUUUUUCGCGCCCGUUUUCCGCUUCAUCGUCGCGGGUCGCGGUUCGCCGAUUGCCAUUUCCCCGCGCGCGGAAACAAGUUUUAUUGUUGGAUAGAUCAAGAUGAUUUUCUGCUCAUCGACGCCGUAACUCCUCAGAUUUUUUGAAAACGAAGGGUCGUAUAUCCCGGGCAGCUGAGAUAAAUGCAGCAACGCCAUCAUGAGUACGAAUUCGCUCAAGAGCUCCAAAAAUGGCACAACGCCGGAGAAGACGACAGAUCAAACCGGGACCACUAUCGAGCCAUUGGUGGACAAACAGAAAGAAGAUAUGAAGAGCGGUGGAAACCAGGUCAACCUCUGGCUGGCUGCUUGCAUCUGUAACCUGGGAGCAUGGGUGGGCGGGAACGCCCUGACGUGGUCGUCGCCGGCGGUGCCGAAGCUGGAGAAGGGCGAGUUCCUGUUGAUCAGCGAGGACGAGGGGUCGUCGCUGAGCUCGCUCAUUGCGUUCGGGGCCGGGUUCGGUCCGUUCCUGGCCAGCAGCCUCGUGGACCGCGUCGGGCGCAAGACCACCCUCCUCCUCACCAUGCUCAUGUUCCUCAUCUCCUGGGUCCUCCUCGUGGUCGUGCCUCAACUCAACGUCAUGUACCUGGCCCGCUUCAUCAGCGGCAUCGGCGUCGGCAGCAUUUACACCGUCACCCCCAUGUACGUCGCCGAAAUUGCUGAGGUAUCAGUUCGGGGAGCUUUGCUGUCUAUAAUGCAGUUUUUCUUAGUUGGCGGAUUUCUUCAAGAGUACAUUAUCGGACCUUACGUAUCAUAUCAAAUGCUCAUUUACAUCAACCUCGUUGCCCCUGCUGUAUACGUGCUAACGUUCAUAUGGAUUCCUGAGUCACCGUACUACUAUCUAAACAAAGGGAAGAAGCAGGAAGCAACCGAAGCUCUGCACUGGUUCAGAGGAAAACCGGAUCGAGAAUUCAUCAACAAAGAAAUCAUUGCAAUAGAGGAGUCGGUGCUGGAGGCGCAGGCGAACAAAGGCCGCUACAUUGACCUGUUCAGGAGCCGCGGGAGUUUGCUCGGGCUUUACCUGUCGUGCGCCCUGGUGGCGUUCCAGCAGCUCAGCGGUAUCAAUGUCAUCCUCUUCUAUUGCCAAACGAUCUUCGAGCAGGCCGGCGCCUCGCUGGACCCCAGCAUCUCGGCCAUCAUCAUCGGCGCCGUCAUGCUUCUCGCUUCUGCCGUUACGCCACCCUUCACUAAAAAAUUCGGCAUGAAGAUGUGCCUCUACGCCUCUGCCGUAGGAAUGGUUCUAUCUCAGGUCGUUCUUGGUUUUUACUUCUUCCUAGAUUACCAUAAAUACGAAAUAGUUUCCUCUCUUGGGUGGAUGCCGGUCACAAGCUUGAUUGCUUUUAUUAUUACAUACUGUGUUGGUAUUGGACCCCUCCCAUGGGCUUACAUGGGUGAACUAUUCCCCCAAAAUUUAAAGGCCAAUGCUUCUGCAGUUACCGCAGGAUUCUGUUGGUUCCUAGGCUUCUUCAUCACCCGUUUCUUCUCGCCUCUGACCAAGGAAAUUGGUCUUCAUUUUGGAUUUUGGUUAUUUGCAGCAUUUUGCGUUCUUUGCUAUGCAUUUGUAUACUUCCACUUACCGGACACAACCGGUAAAACUUUACAAGAAAUUCAAGACAUGCUUAAUGGUAAAAAAAAGUCGCCACAAAAAAGUUCUGCAUGACAUGUUGUACAAAUAUUGUGAAUUUUCCUUUGUACAAAGCUAAUUACAGUUUAAGACAUUCCAGUUUUAUUUAUAAUGUAAAUAUUAUUUUUAUUCAAUACAGAGUUUUCAUUUUUCUA